AAACAUCACCUCGGACCAAUCAAAACACAGAUAUUGAAAGCUUACGUAACUACACGUUUAUCCAAUUAAAUCAUUGUAUCCAAUGAAAUCAUCGGGUUUGUAAAACCAGUGUCGUCUUAAAGACAGGGUACCAGUCGAAUACUUGGCAUCAUAAUUUUCGGUUUUUAUGUUCGUCAACAAAUCUGUUGUAUAAAGUAGUUUCCGGUCAUGUCUUUAUUCAACUCCCUUUUAGUGGGCCUGUGUGCCUGUUCGGGAAGUCCCUUUUCCCUGAUGUCAUUUUGUAUGUAUUUGUGCCAUGAAGAUAAUACAAAUUUAAAUUAGAAAUUUGAUUUGCAGAACCGAAAUAAAGUUUUUUCUAUUAGCCUCCUGAAAUAACUUCCUGGGCAUUUACCUUGAAGUGUAAAGAAGAUAUGAAGAAAAAAUAGGUACCAGCAGAAAAUACGGAAGUGAAUAUAAUUAUCACCUUUACGACUCGAACUGGUUCAUUUGCAAUCUUUAAGUGAAACGAAUGUGUAGUUUAUUCUUUAUAGUGAGAUAGUACGCUCUCUGGUUAGUAAACUGCUUAACAAUGGCUUACACUUCAAAGCAGUCGUUGGGCGUCAUAGUUCUUCUUUUCAUCAUCUUUUACAAACCUGUUCUUGCAAAAAAGAACAAGAUACUCAUGGCUAAAAUGGGAGGAUUUUCUAGUCAUGCGUUAUUCAGUUUGGAAUUGGCCAAGACAUUAUCUGCACGGGGGAAUGAGGUUUGGGUUGUCGACAGUGAAGAAACCUAUAAAUGGCAUAUCAAAGAUCAAAACCUUUCAGAGAUCCAGUUUGUGCUCUUUCAAAGUACAAUUCCUUACUUAGAAGCAAAACAAAUUAUCAGUCGCUAUGUUGCAACACAGCUCGGCAGCAGUUCUGCCAACUCAGUUUUACAGUACCAAGUGGAAUCAGAAGACACGGAAUUGAACAGAAGAUUGCCCGAUGGUAGGACACGAGAUAUCUUCCAUUUAGCAAGCUACGACCUCGACGAUAUGAUCAGCAACCCAGAGGUCAUGACGAAGCUCAAAGCAGUUGGAUUCGACAUGAUUGUUGGAGAUACGGUACCUCUUUAUCAAGUCACCCUCAGUCAGUUACUCAAAGUACCUUUCAUCAACUUCGGUUUACUACCAAUGGCUCCAUCACAGAACGAUCGCUUUGCCUACAGCCCUAGUAACGCUGCCUAUGUUCCAGAACGCAUGAGCUUCCUCACCGAUACCAUGACCUUUAAAGAGAGAGUUAAAAACACUUUACUUUACUGGAUCACAAGCUUCUUUUACUAUAAAUACUGUCUGGGUCCAAUGGAUGAUAUACUCCAAAAACAUAACAUAAGGCUUGAUGCUAACUUUGGUCAACUCAUGUCAGAAGCUCAAAUGUGGAUCUUUAACUCAGAUUUUGUGGUGGAUUUCCCUCGACCUAUAAACCCACACGUUAAAUUUGUUGGGGGAGUGAUGUCUGGUCCUGCCAGUCCGCUUGAUGAGGUAAGAGAUUUUGAGUAAUGUUGUGUUACUGUGUUACGGUCAAUAAGAGACUUUGGGACGCUAGGUGGCAGCAGACUUACCAGGUAACCACUGUUUACGUA